AUGCCGAGUAAAUUUGGUUCAUUUAGCAGUUGCUUUAUAGCAUUUGCAGUUUUACUUUCAAUUAUAUCAAAUGUGCUUGCAAUAUCAGAUACUCUGGCCAGCACAAGUAUCAGUAACGUUCAGCCUGCAAUUCAAGAUAAUGGAAUAACAGUAUCUGAAGACGAUGUGGGAAAUCUUCCCAUGUCUUAUCAGAGCCAAUACCUUGCCGAACCCAAUCAACAAUCGAAUGAAUUGAUCCAGUCUGCUUUAAUUGGUUCAGAAUCACCAAAUGUUUCUCCAAGUCCUAUAAAAGUCUCUGUAGAACCAAUAGUAACAGAAGAAGACAAUGAAACAAACACCAGCGCUAUCGAAAACACGCCCGUAGAAAGUAUUGCGGUUGCUGCUGUCACUGUCGAACAACCUCCGUCGCCUGCCAGACCUCAUCCUCCUCUUGUGACCGGAUGUAGAACUCAAGGCCAGAUUGCAGUGACUUAUAGCGAGGGACCUAGUGAUGCAACAGCAAAGAUUGUUCAUCAACUUAAUGAUGCAGGUGCACACGCGAACUUUUUUAUCAAUGCUACAUGGCUCUACACACAACAAUAUGCAAUGGUGGCUCAGAAUAUCUACAAUGGUGGACACUUUAUUGGCAUGACAUAUCGUGUCAAGAAUGAUGACUCUGCUUCCCUGUCAGAGGAUGAGAUUCGAAAGGACAUUAUCAACGAUGCUCGGAUCAUAGAGACCCUUAUUCAUGUUGCACCCAAAUACGUUCGAUUACAUUAUACCCCAAAAAAGGAUUUCAAGACAGAGGCCAUUCUUGACGAUCUUGGAUUUAUCUUGGUCGGUCACAACCUUGACAGCAAAGAUUAUCAAAAACGAGCACCAAUUGGACCUGAUUCGGUCGCGGCUGUAUAUUCGGAAGCCUUCCACAGCCAAAAGGACACCUAUGAUGCAAAGGGCUCUUUUAUUUCGAUCCAGUACGACAUUCCCGACACCGGAUCGUCUAUUGGUGUACCCCACGUCAUUGACACAAUCAAUAAGGAAGGCUACACCAUGGUCAGACUCGAUGGGUGCUUGAAUGAUCCAAAGCCAUACAAGAAGAGUGCAGAAAGCAGAGAAUAUGUCGCUGACAAGUAUGCGUUUAAUACGGCUGGUUAUUCACAAGGCCAGAAAGACAUACCCGAAGAAGUGAUCGAGGCUGCCAAGGCAGAGGCCGCAAAAUCAAAGAUUUCAAAAUCACAUCGUAGUGAUGGUGUCAUUGGCUCUCCUCUAAAAGCCCACAUUCUUUUAAUCAUUGGAUUUUCCUUGGCUCUCUGGCUCUAG